AUGGCUCGUCUGCUCCAAUCUCUGCGGCGAGUGCUGGGCAGCCCGCCAGCGGUUGGUUCAGCUGGUCCUCACGCGCGGUCAUUCGAUACCGACUUCUCCAUUUUCCGCGAGGGUGAUCGGAUCGUGCUGCACAAUAAGCAGCCGAUCCUGACGAAGCCAUUGAAAAGGGGCGACAAGACAAAUCUUCGUCGGGGACAUCUAGAGCAUGACCGUGUCAUUGGAAGCCGUGUUUGGGAGACUGUGCAGGCUCACAAAGGUCCGGACGUCCGACCAAGUCUGCCAACCUUGGAUGAAUAUGUUGCCUUGACUCCUCGCCAUGUGACACCGAUCUAUCCCCACGAUGCGAACUUGAUUGUCUCCCUCCUCGACCUCCACCCCAAUACCCCCGCUGCAGGCGAAGAAGGGCCACCGUCGAUAGAGAUCCUUGAGUCUGGGACUGGCCAUGGUUCCUUGACCCUCCACCUGGCGCGCGCUAUUCAUGCCGCCAACACAACUCCCCCGCCUCGACCCGUGAAAUCUCAGAUUCAAUUCCUAGAGGACCGGGCUAAGCGACCAGGCGAAGAGGAUUCAGAAGAUGUGGGAGGCACCGAUGCUGUCUCGGGUGUCGACACCGUGCAAGAAGAAUGGAAUGCAUGGCGGGCGCAGCGCAACGCUGUCAUUCAUACCGUAGACGUCUCGUCGAAAUUCUCGAAGCUCGCAGAAAAGAACGUGCAAGGGUUCCGACGUGGAAUGUAUAGCGGAGAUGUCGAUUUUUACGUUGGUCCCGUUGAGAACUGGGUUGCUGAACAGAUGAAGCGACGAACCAAGUCUGGCGUGCUAUCCUCGUUGACAUUGCAGCGCUCAAUGGAGCCAUUCCUGUCCCAUGCGAUUCUGGACAUGCCAUCAGCACAGCUCAGAAUACCGCACGUGGCACCAAUCAUUAAGCGCGAUGGAUUCCUCAUCGUCUUUGUGCCGAGUAUCACCCAGAUCGGUGAUUGCGUGCGUUUGAUCCGCCAGCAUCACCUGCCGCUCGUUCAAGAGAGAGUGGUGGAGCUCGGUAUGGGCAUUUCUGGUGGCCGACAGUGGGAUGUUCGGCUCGCGAUCAAAAAGUCUGGGGCUGACCCGUCUUCUUGGAACACAACUUCCGAGGCAGAUGAGGCAUCCGCUGAUGAACCAGAAGAUGUAAGCGAAGCCCCUGUUACAGAGGCGCCGGCUAAGGAAAAUGAGCAAGUCAUGGUCUGCCGACCCAAGGUCGGACUGCGCACUAUGGGGGGCGGCUUCGUUGGCAUUUGGAGACGUAUAGAAGAUCUCCCUUCCCGGUGA